GCCAUUGCUGUAUAUGUGGUGGCCAUUGCUGCUGGUAACUGUCUGGUGGAGCCUCAUCGUCUGGGAGUGUUAUCUGUAUACCUUGCAGCCAUUGCUGUAUAUGUAGCGGCCAUUGCUGUAUACCUGGCGGACAUUGCUGUUGGUAACUGUCUGGUGGAGCCUCAUCGCCUGGGAGUGUUACCUGUAUACGUGGCGGCCAUUGCUGUAUACCUGGCGGCCAUUGCUGCUGGUGACUGCCUGUUGGAGCCUCAUCGUCUGGGUGUGUUACCUGUAUACCUGGCAGCCAUUGCUGUAUACCUGGCGGCCAUUGCUGUGUACCUGGCGUACAUUUCUGCUGGUGACUGUCUAUUGGAGCCUCAUCAUCUGACUGUGUUACAUGUAUACGUGGUGGCCAUUGCUGUAUAUGUGGCGGCCAUUGCUGCUGACCUCACUGGAUAGACAUUCAUAGCAAUGUAAUAAUAGGAUGUUGGCGAUGGCAAAGGUCAAAAUGAUAUCCAAACAGGGAGGACCUGAGGGAAUGGUCCAGGACAUGCUUAGGGGAUGCAAGGAGACAUUACUACAGAAGGAGUAUGAUAGACUAACAGAAGAUCUACAUAGAUUGUCUAGGAGGAUAAGCAAGGUUGAGCUGGAAAACAUUUCCCUGGAAAGAGAGGCCGGCAUUGUCCAUCUGCAGAUGGUGGACGUCAUCAAUGACCUGUCCAAACUCCACCAUGGAUAUAAUAACGCCAUAACCAGACUGAGCAACCAGAAUCAGAGACACCAAGCCGAGAUGAGAAGAGAGAAAAAAAUAAUUGUACAGAUGCAUGAGAGGGAGAAGAAGCGGAGGGCGCAGCUGCUGGACAUGGAGGACAGGUUGUCCACACUGGUCAGAGAAGUAGCUGAGCUACGACACUACAGGGAUCAGAGAGCAGAGCAGUUGGCCAGAAUUAAGGACCUGGAACGAGAAGUCUUUAAGAUGAGAGCUUCCUACAUACAGAAUGUCCAGAGCGCUCAGAGUGAGUUUAUUUUGUAUACGAUUAGAUUGGAGGAGGUGUCCCGGAAGAAAGUUACCCAUCCACCAAGUAUGGUGAUGAAGGAUGCAGGUCACUCACUUCAGGAUCAAGUCAAGCUGGCGACAGACGAGAACCUCAAACUUCGAGAUGAAAUGCUACAUCUGAUGCAUCACAGCCAUCUCCUAAACACCUGCAUCCUGAAGCUGCAACAGCAGCACAAGGUACUUCUAAGAGAGGUGGACUACACCCGCUAUCUUACACGCAUCAGAUGCAUGACACCAUGCAGAAGGCACCAAAACCAACAGGUUGGAGAGCUGAAGCCAUCUGGGGAUGUGACACUGAGCUCAGACUUAGCCCAUCUCCAUCACAAGGAACUUACAAAUCCUGGUCCUUCAUCACUAGACAUCCAACUACUGUCACGUAUUGACUCCUUACCGCUCUGUUCAGCAGAAGUAAAAACCUAAAAUUACUUGGGGUCACCACACAUGAGGAAAUUUGAAAUACAGAGCUGACAGGAUAGACAGGAAGCAAGAGAGACACAAGAGACAUCGUCAUCAUCCAUAACGUUACUAUCCAAACUAAAAAUAAAGUAAAACGUUUCAAAAAA